AUGGAUAGACAAAAAAGCAUGGAGAGAGGGUUACUGAGGAAGAGCUUAAGCAUAAGAGAGAGGAAGUUCCCAAACGAAGACCUUUUUCUUGAAACCGGAUUAUCUAGAAAAUCCCCCAGAGAUAUUAUCAAGAAAUCACCUAGAAAUAUUAUCACGAAAUCACCGAGAGAUAUUAUCAAGAAAGCUCAAAACGACGAUGGUGAUUGUCGUGUUACCGCCACUGUUUUCCUCAGCACCUUUGUUGCAGUCUCUGGCUCCUUCUGCACCGGCUGUGGCGCCGGUUUUUCAUCAGGUGCGCAAUCAGGGAUUACCAAAGAUUUAUCUCUCUCAGUUGCAGAGUACUCUAUGUUCGGGUCGAUAUUGACAUUAGGAGGUUUGAUUGGUGCAAUAUUCAGCGGUAAAGUCGCCGACGUCUUGGGAAGAAAACGGACCAUGUUGUUUUGCGAGGCGUUCUGUCUUACAGGCUGGCUUGCGGUAGCAUUGGCUCAGGAUGCAUUGUGGCUGGACUGUGGAAGAUUGCUACUUGGAAUAGGAAUUGGUUUAUUUAGCUACGUGAUUCCAAUCUAUAUAGCUGAAAUUGCACCAAAACAUGUCCGUGGAUCGUUUGUGUUCGCCAAUCAACUGAUGCAAAAUUGCGGCAUUGCACUCUUCUUCAUCAUUGGCAAUUUCGUUCCGUGGAGAUUAUUAGCAAUAGUCGGAUUCGUGCCAUGUGUGCUCCACGUUCUUUGUUUAUUUUUCAUUCCCGAGUCUCCGAGAUGGCUGGCGAAAAAAGGUCGCGAUAAAGAAUGUAGAUCGGCUUUACAACGUCUUAGGGGACCUGACGUCGACAUUUCUCGUGAAGCAAACACAAUUAGGGAUACCAUAGAAUUAUCGGAGCUUGAUGGUGAAACUCGAAUGGCUGAAUUGUUUCAGAGACGAUAUGCAUAUCCCUUACUUAUCGGAGUCGGUUUGAUGUUUUUGCAACAAUUGAGUGGGAGCUCCGGUGUAACCUAUUAUGCCAGUAGCCUCUUCCAAAAAGGAGGAUUUCCAAGUGCUAUUGGCACAUCUGUAAUAGCCACGAUCAUGGUUCCGAAAGCAAUGUUGGGAACAAUCAUAGUCGAUAAAUUGGGGAGGAGAACACUCCUAAUGUCUUCUUGUGCUGCGAUGGGCUUAAGUGCUUUGCUGUUAAGUGUUUCCUACGGUUUCCAGCAGUCAUUUGGAAUUCUCCCAGAUCUCACUCCCAUAUUGACUUGCAUCGGCGUAUUGGGUCACAUUGUAUCAUUUGCGAUGGGAAUGGGAGGACUACCAUGGAUUAUAAUGGCUGAGAUAUUUCCCAUGAAUGUGAAAGUGUCAGCUGGAACCUUGGUUACCGUAACUAAUUGGUUAUUUGGUUGGGUUGUCACUUAUACUUUCAAUUUCAUGCUACAAUGGAAUGCAUCAGGAAUGUUCUUCAUCUUCUCAAUGGUCUCCGCAUUUUCGAUUGUGUUUAUAUACUUUCUAGUACCGGAGACGAAAGGCCGAUCACUUGAAGAAAUACAAGCACUGCUCUCCAACUAUUUAACUAUAGACAAAACGGUGGAAGAGUGCGAGCGGUUGAACACUUUAGGAAACUGCGAGUUCAGAGUGCUGGAGUUAGGUGCGAGCUGA